UACACAGCUACACAGCCAGAUGAGCGUUUCCUGAGCUCUCUGUACUCUAUACACAUUCUAUUGGUUGAAAGGAGCCAAUAUGCUUGCACGCGAGAAAUGAUUGGCCAAGAAAGCUGUCACUCGCUGUCCUGAUUGGCCAUCACUCGCAGGUCAGCUCACCGAUUGGUGCACGCGUUUUCCCGUGGCUGCGUUGAACGACCUUUGGUUCUGAUGCUGCGCGUCAUCGAAUUCUCAGCAUCAUCUGGACCGAGUGGACAGUAAAACUCGUAUGGCAAAGUGACUCUAAACCGGCGGGAAAGCAGGAAGGACUCCGCGGCUGCUGCUCAACGAAGGAUUGGCAGCGAUGGGCACGUUCAGCCGCCAGAAGUUCUUCCAGGAGCUCACUCACGGCUGUCUGCUACCGACAGCCCACCAGGGCCUGGAGCAGGUGUGGCAGCUGCUGGUAAUCUGUCUGCUGUGUCGCCUCCUCUGGAUGUUGAGCUUCCCCUCCAUUUUGAAGCAUCUGUCCACAGUGGCAGGCGGAUUCUACAUCCUCUACCUGUUCUUUGAACUGCACAUGAUCUGGGUGGUCCUCCUGAGUCUGCUCUGCUACCUUUUCCUCUUCCUGUGUCGCCACUCGACCAUGCGAGGCACUUUUCUCUCUAUAACUGUGCUCAUCUAUCUGAUGCUGGGAGAACUGCACAUGAUGGACACCACCAACUGGCACAAGAUGAGAGGUUCACAGAUGGUGGUGGCCAUGAAAGCCAUCUCUCUGGCCUUCGAUCUGGACAGAGGCGUCGUGACCGGCGUACCCUCUCCCAUCGAAUUCAUGGGUUAUAUUUACUACGUGGGAACAGUCAUCUUCGGACCGUGGAUCAGUUUCAAUAGCUACAAAGAGGCUUUAGACGGACAGAAGAUGAGCCUGUCUUGGUUGUUCAAAGUGUCUUUAAGCUGGAUUAAGAGUCAGGUCUGCCUGGUUCUCUCCAACUGUGUGGCACCUUACCUCUUCCCUUAUUUCAUUCCUGUCUAUGGAGACAAGCUGCUAAGGAGCAAAAAGAGAAGGAAAAUCAGAGGUUCACUGGCAACGUGGUUACUGGCUUACGAGAACACAGUGUCUUUCCACUUUAGCAACUAUUUUGUUGCUUAUUUGAGCGAGACCACAACCAUUCUGGCCGGAGCCGGCUUCACAGAGGAGAAAGACAACAUCAAAUGGGAUCUGACGGUGUCCAAGCCGCUGAACAUCGAGUUUCCCCGCUCAAUGGUGGAGGUGGUGACCUCGUGGAAUCUGCCUAUGUCACGCUUUCUGCACACCUAUGUAUUUCAGAGUGCUCUCAAAUUUGGGACUUUCUCCGCCGUCAUGCUGACAUACGCAGCCAGUGCCCUUUUGCACGGUUUGAGUUUCCAUCUGGGUGCCGUGCUUGUGUCUCUUGGCUUCAUCACCUACACUGAGCACGUGCUGCGGAAGAGACUGGCAGCCAUGUUCAAUGCCUGUGUUCUGUCCAAGAAAUGUCAGCCAAACUGCACCCACCAGAACAAAAAGGCACUUUGGGUGUACAUGAUCAAUGUAGCAUUCAGCACCCUGGCAAUAGUCCAUCUGACAUACCUGGGUUCAGUGUUCAAUUCCAGCGUGGACUACAUGGAAGAAGAUGAGGAUGACACAAGCCAUCAUACCAUUCAGAAGUGGUCAGAGCUGAGCUGGACAAGUCACUGGAUCACAUUUGGAUGCUGGAUCGUAUACCGCCUCGUUCUCUAGAUUGGGGAAAGGGCAAAAGAAGCAGCAAUAAUGAGGGUUCUCUUCCCUGUGACUGUCAGAGAAGCAGUCGAUCGCCAGGUUGGCACCGUUUGGCGUCUGCUUCAUAUGUGUCAGCCCUACCUGCUGAGGACUCCUUUUGAUAUCCUCACCACUCUCCUUCCUCCUUUUCUAUGGACGCCAUCCUCCUUUUUUUUUCUGCUCGCUCAUGUUGUGACAGCAGUUCCUGAUGUCUCCCUGAAAGUCACAAUCAAUCGCAAUCAGCAUGGCGGAGAUCGGCUUAAGCUGUUAUCUCUGCGGCAGAUGCGCUUUCCCCUCACCUCAAGUGGUUCAUCAUCAUAUUUUCUUGAAAUGAGGAUGACCAUCAGUGGAUAUUGCACAAUGUCCUUAUGUUCAAUGGUUCCCGCGUAAAGAACACUAAGCCUAUUUGCAAACAUUUUUAAACCGUCAGUCUAUUGCCGAGCAUGUGCCAGACGGUGAGUUUACAAAAGGACAAACAAAGCACAUAACGUUCAAAUAUUUAUUUUAUCCAUCCUAUAUUUUGUUUUACACAGUAGCUGUCCUAAGGUUGUCCUAAGCCCAAGAAGGUGUUCUCCAAUCAGCUGUUGAGCCUGAAAAGGCACUCUUUUAAAAGGGGGAAUUUGAAGUUUAAAAAAAAAAAAGUUUUUUAAACGACAACGCUCUUUGUCAGAUUUGUUUAAAAGCGUUCAGUUUUUCCUGAGAGGAAUGAUAUAUUAGAAAAAAAUAAAAUAAAAUCAGGCCUCAAAUUAUCUUUGCAAUCAACAAGCACACCUGAGAGAAAAGGAGAUCGGAGAUGCACAUGUGGGCACACCGCUUUAUUUGUGAUGCAAUGUUACCAAAAUGCUCUGUUAUAGCUUUCAAGUUGCAUUUUGUGCCCACAACGAGCGUGCCCGUCGGUAUCUUGUUCUACCGUUCAGUCAUAAUCACUCUUUCAACAAAUAUGAAAAAAAAAUGUCGCCCCCCCCCCCCUUCAGGUUCAUGACUUAUAGCAAAACUAAAUCAAGCAGUAAUACUUGGUCAUUACAUUGACGCAGGACAACAAAUUGAUCAUCAUUUUCAUAUAUUGUUCUAGCUUAUUUCCUUUCGGAAUUUUUAGAUUUAGAAAGUCACCUAGCAAAUGCAUUUUGUGGGACAAAGUCAUUGAUGUUUGUUUCCCUCUGACGAUUUAGCUAUUACAUUUGAAGUUAUGAAUCAGGGUAUUGCACAUGGCAACGUACACAACAAUGUUUAAAGCGUUUCAGCAUUCAUUUUGACGUUGCAUUUUGAAGAAAUAAUUAUGCAGUUGGUUUUCUUGUGUAUUUCUCCUUAACCGUUGAUUCAAAUGACUUUUCCCUACAAGUGAUCGCCUGAAAAAUGCCCGCUUGCUUUGACAUCCCCUGCGUAGUUCUGACAUCAAAUGGUUGCAUUCUAAGUGCAGUCCAAGUGUUAGAUUAGAGCAUUCAGGGUUCCAUUUUUGUGAAUAGCAUAUGUCCUGCACAGUAUGUGGUCAAAGUCUAUGUGGAUGCAGGUUCGAUGCAGACCAGCACGGCCUUGGUGUUCUGUGAGAGGGAGGGCUGAACCGUUGUGGGAGUGUUUACAGUUGAUUUAAGUCGCCACCAUUUCAAAGCAAAUCGUCUCCUGCCCUUUAAAUGUGCGGGAAAUGAAUAGAGACUAUCUAUGCGGAAGAAGACGUUGCAUAAUCCCAGCGAUCCGUGCCUGAGCGGAGCAUUGUUUCUGAUCCGACCGAGGUGUGGCAACAGACAAUGUCAGCGGGUAUUCAGAGAGAGCUGGUGAGAACCGCUGACGACUCAAAUAUGUCCGUGGAGCUCAGUAACUGUCAGCCUGCAUCAAAUUCACCAAAAUGACUUUGGACCAGUUGUCUACUUUGCGCCAGUAUUUUGACAUGGUCUAAGCAGGCAUAAUUUUAGAGCAGCUCUCUGCCACCAAAUUGUAACUCUGCCAGCCACAUCUCCUAGGACACUCCCUCGCUGUGCCGGAAAGGCCAGCUUGGCACAAACAGGUCUGCCAAAUUGGCAACCACGUGCAGAGAGCCUUGUGCUUGAUGAUUGGAAAAUCAGGAUCUGCCGACAUUUGCACCCCACUGCAGAUGCACUGUCAAUGAAAAUAAAACCCUGUGUGUUCACUGCUCACUCCAGCAAACAUUUUCAGUGAGAAUAUUUUUCCUGUGAAUGUGAAUGAACUGAUCCACCUGUGAUAAUUCUUUUUAUAAAAUUGACAUCAAACCAG